CCUACAACAUUUGGCACUGAGUACUCAGCUUCAAGUCCUAACUCCUAAGCCAACUUCUCAUCUCAGCUUGAAUAAGUGAGAUUAAAUUGUAAACAUUAUAUUAUCAGCCUAAUCAUUUAUAUAUAAUCAUUUCCCCUCUAUUAAUCAUAGGAAAUCAAGAAAUUAUUCAUUCCAAUGGAGCAAACUCAACCACCGCCGACACCGCCGCCGUCGACGUCCACUUCACAGCCAACUGAACAACAACAGCUUCCACCACCAUCUCCGCCUCCACCACCUUCCUCCUCCGCCGCCGCAACCAGUCAACUCCCGUCUACUACAACAACCACUACCUCAGUAGUACAAUCACAACCACCACAAAACCUAAACCCUACCACCACCACUACCAUCGCCGCCGCAGCUGCAGCCGCCACAUCUACUCAACAGCAAAACCCUUUAACACCCACUUUACAAAAUGCUCAAACAAGACAACCCUUUAACAGGCCAUGGCAACAGCCUUCACCUUUUCAACACUUCUCUUUACCUCCUCCACCGCCGCCGCCGCCACCUCACUCAUCAUCAUCUUCUUCGAUUACUUCUUCGUCUUCUUCCCUUUCUAUGCAAAACCCUAGAGGAGGUGGUGGAAUGGCCAUGGGAGUACCUGCUCAUCACCCUCCUACCUCUUUCUCCUCAUUGACUCCGCCGCCGCCUUCUUUUGGGCAGCAAUUUGGUCGCAAUUUGCCUGAUUCUUCUGCCCCCAGCUCAACUGCCUCACAGGUGAGGCAGCCAGUACAAGGAAUGCAUGGGAUGGGAAUGAUGGGAUCACUUGGUUCAACGUCACCAAUGCGGCCAGCAGGGGUUCCUCAGCAGCUGAGACCUGUCGCCUCUUCUCUUAGACCUCAGACGAGCAUCAGUAGUCAGUCUGCUGCUACACAGAAUUUUCAAGGCCAUGGCAUGUUGAGAGUUCAGUCAGUGGGAUUACCUUCUUCCCAAUUGCAUACUAUGUCUCAAAGUCCAAAAGCCCAGAAUCAGCCGUGGUUAUCUUCAGGAGCACAAGGAAAACCCCCUUUGCCAACACCAUCACUAAGGCCUCAAAUUAGCCCUCAGACUUUGCAUCAAAGGUCCCAUAUUCUUUCGCAGCAUCAGCAUACUGUUACUACCUCAUCCUCUGCCCAACAGUCACAGCUUUCAACCUCAAGUCAAUCCCAAGAUCAUAUGGGACAACAGAUGCCCCCAUCGAGGAUCCCACAAUCAUUAUCUAAUCAGCCACUUGCCAGGGGGCAGGGAUUGGGAGUACAGAGACCUUCAUCUCAUGCAUUGAUGCAAUCUGCUACGGUCAAGCCAGGACCUCCUAGUAAGGUUACCACUUUAGAGACUGAGGAACCUUGUACUAGGAUUCUAAGCAAGAGAAGCAUCCAGGAGAUUCUGGCCCAGAUAGAUCCAUCAGAGAAAUUGGAUGCUGAAGUUGAAGACGUCCUUGUUGAUAUAGCAGAGGAAUUUGUGGAAUCUAUUACCACAUUUGGCUGUUCAUUGGCGAAGCAUCGAAAAUCCAAUACUUUGGAAGCAAAGGACAUCCUUCUGCAUCUUGAAAGGAAUUGGAACAUGACCCUCCCAGGUUUUAGUGGGGAUGAGAUCAGGACCUACAAGAAGCCGUUUACAAGUGACAUCCACAAGGAGAGAAUUGCAGCGAUAAAGAAAUCUGGUCUAGUUGCCGAGAUGACAAAUGCAAAGGGCUCAGCACAAGCUGGUGGGGGUAUGAAAGGCCAUUUGGCAAAGGGUGCAGCUAAUAUUUUGGGUUCCCCUAAUGCCAAGACAUGAGAACUGACUGCAUUAGAAGCAGGAGAAUUUGAUGUAAUGAAUUUAUUACUGACUGCAAUUGGGCUAAAGCCUUUUACUGCAUGACAUCUCAAAGUAAAUAUCCUAACAUAGCAUGGGUACUGACAAAAGCCUGAAAAUCUACUAAUAGGAUGUUGGAUAUACAGUCAGAUCUAUCUAUAACAUAUCUAUAUAACAGUCGUUCACUAUAAAAGUCAAGUUUUUCUUGGAA